AUGGAUAUUAAGCAACAGCUCGUCCCGAUCGGUGUCAUGGGUGAGCUGGUUGUGGCUGGCGAUGGCCUGGCUCGAGGCUACACAGACCCAGCUCUGGACGUCGACCGAUUUGUGGAGGUCAAUGUUGAUGGUAAAAUCGUCCGAGCCUAUCGCACGGGUGAUAGAGUCCGUUACAGACCACAGGACCGCCAGAUCGAGUUCUUCGGCCGUAUCGAUCAACAGAUUAAGAUCCGUGGCUACCGUGUUGAGCUGGCUGAGGUCGAGCACGCUAUGCUCAAUCAUUGUCCUGUCAAAGAUGCGAUCGUCGUUCUCCGCCAGCAGGACAAUGCCGAGAAGGAAAUGAUCGCUUUCGCCGUGGCCUGGGACACCACCUCGACCAAGACUUCACAUACAGAAGACAAGGCAAACGGCCACAUCGAAAACGAUCUGGACCAAUCAAGCCGAGAGUUGGAGAGGCAAGUGCACAGACAAUUACAGACAGCGCUACCAGCGUACAUGGUUCCGUCGCGCGUUGUUAUACUAAAGGAAAUGCCUCUCAACGCAAACGGCAAAGUCGAUCGAAAGGUGCUCAGCCAGAUGGCUGAGACUGCACCAAAGGCUGCACCGAUUGUCAAGCACGUGGCCCCUCGAGACGAGAUGGAACAAGCGCUCUGUGACGAAUAUUCGGCUGUCCUGGGAGUCGAUAUCAGCAUCUAUGACAACUUCUUCGAGAUUGGUGGUCACUCCCUCCUAGCUAUGAAACUAGCAGCCCGCCUCAGCUCCCGGCUCCAUGCAAUCAUCUCCAUCAAGGAUAUAUUUGAUCACCCCGAGCUUGCGGAUCUUGCAGCGACCAUUCGACGAGGGUCAGCUGCGCAUAUGCCUAUCGAGCAUAAGGAGUACACCAGCCCUGUAGAGCAAUCUUUCGCACAAGGUCGCUUAUGGUUUAUUGACCAGCUCAACCUGGGGGCACUGUGGUAUCUUGUUCCAAUUGCGACCCGUCUGCGAGGACCACUCAAUAUCGACGCGCUCGCUGCCGCCCUCCAUGCCCUCGAGCAACGACACGAGAUAUUGCGGACUACCUUCGAGGAGCAUAACGGCAUCGGCGUGCAAAUUGUUCAAGAGUGUCGCUCCGAGAGUCUCCGAACAAUUGAUGCUUCAGAUGAAGUCGAGGUGCUUGAGAUGGUGAAGUUUGAGCAGACACGACCGUUCGAUCUUACAUCAGAACCGGGAUGGAGAGUCUGCCUGAUACGUAUCAACGACGAUGACCACGUCUUAUCUAUUGUUAUGCAUCACAUUGCCUCUGACGGCUGGUCAGUGGAUGUGCUGCGAGGAGAGCUAGACCAGUUUUACGCCUUGGCAGUACGGGGUGAAGAGCCACUGUCGCAAGUUGCAACGCUUCCAAUUCAAUACCGCGACUUUGCAGUAUGGCAACGACAGGCAGAGCAGGUUGCUGAGCAAAAACGACAGCUUGACUACUGGACAAAGAAGCUCGCCGACAGUGCACCAGCAGAGCUCAUAUGCGAUCGACCGAGGCCUGAAGUGCUGUCAGGUGAAGCUGGCUACAUCCCUAUCAAUAUCGAUGGUUCACUACACGACUCUGUAAGAGGGGCAACAGCCCUCUUGAACCAAGGCGCCGAUGAGGACACCGAGCUUGUCGCGUACAUUACACUCGAACAAGAUACAGACGCUACCACGCCCAAUGGUGAACCAUUCGCCGGCGAAGAGGGAGGAGUGAGAAUACUGCCAAUGGAUCUCACGGUGGAAGUCGAAAUCCGUACUUCGUUGAAGAUCUCGCUGCCAGCUUAUAUGAUUCCUGCCCGCAUCAUCGCAGUGAAUCACAUCCCCAUGAACAGUAACGGCAAGAUCGAUCGGCCGCUACUGAGACAACUUAACCUGCCUUCAACACUCGGACAGACAACGCGCGAGAAAGUCGAACCGCGCGACGAGAUGGAGAAAACGCUCUGUGAGGAAUUCGCAAAUGUUCUUGGGCAGGACGUCGGCGUGACGGAUGACUUCUUUGAACUUGGUGGGCAUUCACUCAUGGCAACAAAGCUUGCUGCACGCCUCAGCCGCCGAUUGAGCGCCAAGGUAUCCGUGAGGGAUGUCUUCGACCAUCCUAUCUUGUCUGACCUUGCAGCGACUAUCCAACAAGGCUCAGAAACGCAUGUCGCUAUUCCACGACUUGAGCAAGACGGUCCAGUGGAGCAGUCAUUCGCUCAAGGUCGUCUCUGGUUCCUCGACAAACUCAACCUCGGGGCUUCUUAUAUCAUGCCGUUAGUGACGCGCUUGCGAGGACAACUCAGCAUUAACGCACUCACUUGCGCACUCCAUGCUCUAGAGCAGCGUCACGAAAGCUUGCGGACUACCUUUGAGGAUCAUGCGGACAUCGGUAUGCAAGUUGUGCAGCCUUUCCGUCCAUUGAAUCUCCACGUACACGACGUCUCUGCUAGGACAGAAGCCGAAAUCCAUGAGGAGUUGAAAGCAGACCAGGCAAGACCGUUUGACCUCGCCAAAGAGCCAGGUUGGAGAGUCUGCCUAUACCGAGUUAGUAGAGACGACCAUAUCUUGUCUGUCCUCAUGCACCACAUCAUUUCUGACGGCUGGUCAAUGGAUAUUCUACGUCGAGAACUAGACAUCUUCUACAGCGCAACACUUCGAGGCGAGGAACCACAAGUUGUACCACUGCCAAUCCAAUAUCGCGACUUCGCGGUAUGGCAGAAGCAAGAGGAGCAGGUUGCCGAACAGGAACGGCAGCUUAACUAUUGGACCAUGCAGCUUUCCAACAGUGCUCCAGCAGAGCUUAUCUGCGAUCGACCAAGACCCAAGGUGCUGUCUGGCGAGGGCGACUAUAUCCCUAUUAAUAUCGACGGCUCGAUGUACGAGAACCUCCAAGCGUACUGCCGUGCUCAACAGGUGACACCUUUUGUUGUCCUUCUGGCGGCUUUCCGCGCUACUCAUUAUAGGCUUACUGGAACAGAGGACGCUACUAUUGGUUCCCCCAUUGCUAACAGAAAUAGGCCAGAACUAGAACAUUUAAUCGGAUUCUUCGUCAAUACCCAGUGCAUGCGUAUUACUGUGAGCAAUGACGACACAUUUCAAAGCCUUGUACAACAGGUACGCAGUACAGCAACAGCCGCCUUUGCCAAUCAGGAUGUACCAUUCGAGCAGAUCGUGUCAGCUCUCCUACCAGGAUCCCGAGACACUUCACGUAACCCCCUUGUGCAGCUCAUGUUCGCUGUCCAUGCGCAGAAGGAUUUGGGCCGACUACAACUAGAGGGUCUGGAAAGUGAACUCCUCUCUUUAGCACCGACAACCCGACUCGAUGUAGAGUUCCAUAUGUUCCAGGAGAAUGAUUGUCUGAGUGGUAUUGUCAUGUACGCGCUGGAUCUAUUUGAGAAAGAGACGAUUAAGAGCAUUCUCGCCGUCUUCUAUGAGGCUCUCCGUCGCGGCCUGAGUAACCCACGGACACCUGUCGCUACCCUUCCGCUUACAGAUGGUCUCUCAGAGCUUCGCAGCCAAGGAUUACUCGAUAUACAACGACCAGAGUAUCCACGUGAGUCAAGCAUCAUUGAUGUCUUCCGUGAUCAGGCCGCUUUCUGUCCGGAGGCAGUCGCAGUUAAGGACUCGUUAUUCAAGCUCACAUAUGCGGAGCUGGAUCGAAAGUCAGAUGAGCUGGCCAGCUGGUUGCACAAGCGACAACGACCAUUGGCACCUGAGACUCUCGUAGGUGUACUGGCGCCCCGUUCGUGCGAGACCAUUGUAGCCUUCCUUGGUAUCCUCAAGGCUGGUCUUGCUUACCUCCCACUCGACGUCAACGUACCAACUACCCGUAUUGAAACUAUUCUAUCCGCGGUCUCAGGUCACAAACUUGUUCUCUUUGGUUCCGACACUCAACAUCCAGAAAUGUCGCUACCAGACGUCGAAUUGAUACCAAUUUCGAACACUCUAGGACACGUAGGCACUGAACGUACUACAACGGCGUCGUCACCCUCUGCGAAAAGCCUCGCCUACGUCAUCUUUACAUCUGGCUCGACAGGCAAACCUAAAGGUGUUAUGAUCGAACAUCGCAACGUCGUUCGCCUUGUGAAGAACAGUAACGUAGUCAACAGACAGCCGCGUACAGCUCGAAUAGCACACUUAUCAAACCUUGCUUUCGAUGCUUCGACGUGGGAAAUAUACGCAGCAUUGCUGAACGGUGGAACGAUAGUCUGCAUUGACUACUUCACUACCUUAGAUACUCAAGCCUUGAGCAAGGUUUUCAUGCAAGAGAAGAUCCGUGGAGCAAUGUUCCCACCUGCGUUACUCAAGCAGUGUCUGGCUACAGCACCAUCAUCCAUGCUGAGCGGUCUCGAUGUCCUAUUUGCUGCCGGCGACCGAUUGGAUGGCCAAGAUGCAGUCAAGGCUCAGGCUCAUGUCCCACAAGGAGUAUAUAAUGCCUAUGGUCCUACCGAGAAUGCAGUCCUCAGUACCAUUUACAACGUACGCCCCAAAGAUCGAUUCGUCGGCAGCGUCCCGAUUGGCCGCCCUGUCAGCAACUCAGGCGCUUAUGUUAUGGAUGCACAGCAGCAGCUUGUCUCCAUUGGAGUAAUGGGCGAGCUAGUAGUGACAGGCGACGGCCUCUCUCGGGGAUAUACCGAUCCAAAACUUAAUAUCGGUCGCAUGGCUGAAGUCACGAUUGAUGGCCAACGAGUCAGGGCUUACUGCACAGGUGAUCGCGUAAGAGUUCGACCAAGGGAUGGCCAAAUCGAAUUCUUUGGGCGGAUGGACUUCCAGAUCAAGGUUCGCGGUCAUCGCGUUGAGCCUGCUGAGAUAGAGAAUGCUAUGCUCGGCUGCGACGAAGUCGACGAUGCCGCUAUCGUUAUCCGCCAUGAAGAGGGACAAGAGCCGGAAAUGUUCGGUUUCAUUACAGCCGGCCAAAGUGGCCUCACAGGACAAGCUACAAAUGGUUCUCCAAAUGAUUCAGCAGAGCGAUUUAGAAGGCAGCUUGAGAAGGAGGUGCACAAGCGACUACAAGCAACACUUCCACCCUACAUGGUCCCUGCACAGAUCAGAGCUCUCCCCCAGAUGCCGGUCAAUGCUAACGGCAAGGUUGACCGAAGAGAGCUUUCUCGUCAAGUUGAUGAACUGCCAACGCGUGAGGAGGAACGUCCACGCAUGCUUCCGCAGAACGACGCGGAAACCAUACUCUACGAGGAGCUCAACUACCUGCUAGGAAGAGACUUCGACAUGGGUGACGAUUUCUUCGAGCUGGGCGGACACUCCUUGACAGCUAUGAAGCUUGCGACGCGUCUCGGCCGACGGCUCAACGCCAGCGUGGCGGUCAAGGAUAUCUUCGAUUACCCCAUCCUCACAGAUCUUGCAGCGGCAAUCCAACAAGGCACUAGCCCACACCGCGCCAUUGUCCCGAUGGGGUAUAGCGGACCUGUAGAACAGUCGUUUGCGCAAGGUCGUCUUUGGUUCCUUGAUCAACUUAAUGUCAAAGCGAUGUGGUACAUUAUCCCGCUAGCAACCCGCCUGCGUGGUCCGCUCAAUGUCGACGCACUAAACGCUGCUCUUCAGGCGCUUGAACAGCGACAUGAGACCUUGAGAACUACUUUUGAGGAGCACAGUGGUAUUGGUGUCCAAGUCGUCCACGCGCGUCGCUCUGGAGGUCUCCGCAUUGUCGACGCUUCUACUUAUACCAAGGCUGGGGUGCUCGACGCAGUGAAGGCAGAGCAGACAAGACCAUUCGAUCUUGCGGUUGAACCUGGCUGGAGGGUCUGUCUACUACGAAUCAGCGAGAGCGACAACAUUCUAUCUGUCGUAAUGCACCACAUCAUCUCUGACGGCUGGUCAGUGGAUGUCCUUCGUCGAGAACUAGACGUGUUCUACACCGCUGCACUCCGCGGGGAGCGUGGUGAGGAGUUGUCAUCGCAGAUCCCGGCGCUCCCAAUUCAAUACCGCGACUUCGCAUUGUGGCAGAAGCAAGCGGACCAAGUUGCUGAGCAGCAGAGGCAGCUUGACUACUGGACAAAGCAGCUCACUGACAGUACCCCAGCUGAGUUUCUAUGCGACAAGCCACGACCCGACAUACUCUCCGGCCAAGCAGGUGUUGCUCCAGUUUUCAUCACAGGGGCCCUAUAUGAGAGCUUGCAGGCUUACUGCCGUGCUCAGCAAGUGACGCCUUUCGUCGUCCUGCUGGCGGCCUUCCGUGCCACUCACUAUAGGCUCACCGGCACCGAGGAUGCUACUAUAGGGACUCCUAUCGCUAAUAGGAACCGCCCAGAGCUCGAAAACCUCAUCGGAUUCUUCGUCAAUACCCAAGCCAUGCGUAUUACCAUUACCGAGGAGUCCUUUGAAGGCCUUGUGCAGCAGGUGCGCCAUACAGCGACACAAGCAUUUGCCAAUCAGGAUGUACCUUUUGAACAACUCGUCUCAGCCCUGCUCCCAGGACGGCGUGACGCAUCUCGCAAUCCCCUCGUCCAGCUCACUUUCGCUGUCCAUUCCCAACGAGAUCUGGGACGGCUUCGGUUUGAGGGCGUGCAGGGCGAGUUAAUACCUAUUGCAUUAACUACUAGAUUCGACUUGGAGUUCCAUCUCUUCCAGGAAGAGAAUUGUCUAAGUGGUAAUGUGCUCUACGCUUCUGAGCUGUUUGAAGCCGCAACGGUGGAGAGUAUGCUUGGUGUCUUCCACGAAGUCCUGCGACGAGGCCUUCACAACCCAGAGACGCCUAUCGGGACACUUCCACUUACGGACGGCGUCUCGCGGCUGCGUAACGAAGGGUUACUUAAGGAACCAAAGACAGACUACCCGCGUGAAUCUAGUAUAGUUGACGUCUUCCGCGAGCAGGUGACCCUCUAUCCAAAUGCGUUAGCGGUCAAGGACUCAUCAACCGAAUUGACGUACACUGAGCUUGACCGAUACUCUGAUGACCUGGCUGGCUGGCUAUGUAGGCGAAAGAUGGCUCCUGAGACUCUAGUCGGGGUCCUAUCAACGCGUUCCUGCCAAACAAUUACAGCCUUCCUUGGUAUCCUCAAGGCUGGUCUUGCGUACCUCCCUCUCGACAUUAAUGUCCCUACCGCCCGGAUUGAGACCAUUCUUAGAGCUAUCUCUGGCCACAAGCUCGCCCUCCUUGGUACUGACAUUCGGCGUCCGGACAUCAUGCUACCGGAUGUUGAGAUGGUACUGAUUGCCGAGACCUUAGGACAUGCAGGUACCACUACAACGAUCCUGCCGACACCCUCUGCCACCAGCCUCGCCUACGUCAUCUUCACAUCAGGCUCAACAGGCAAACCGAAAGGUGUCAUGGUGGAGCAUCGAGAACGUUGCCUGGUCGAGUCCCUCGAAGAAUACAACGACACUACACAAAACUGGAUAGCAGCCGCUCGCGAAAAGGCCGAACGCUGUCCUGCCCUCUCUGCCGCUGACCUGGUUGAGCUUGGAAAAGAAGCUGGCUUACGAGUCGAGCUCAGCUGGGCCCGCCAACGAUCUCAGAGCGGCGCUGUCGAUGCAGUGUUCCACAACUACCAAUCACGACAUGAUGGAGGCCGUGUGCUCAUCCAAUUUCCUGCCGAUGACGACAAUCAAGUGCCGAACUCACGCACAAAUCGGCCGCUCCAAGGACUACAGAGUCGUCGGAUUGAAGCGCAAGUUCGGGACCGUCUACAGAUCUCACUACCUGGCUAUAUGGUGCCAAGCCGCAUCGUGGUGCUGGACCAGAUGCCAUUCAAUUCUAAUCGUAAGGUGGACAGAAAGGAGCUCGCCAAGAGAGCUAAGACAGUGACCAAGAGCAGGCUAUCUCGGGAGCGCGUGACCCCACGCAACGAGAUGGAAAGCGUGCUCUGUGAGGAGUUUACUAACGUUUUAGGAGUGGCGGUCAGCGUCACGGAAAAUUUCUUUGAGCUUGGUGGACAUUCCCUCAUGGCGACGAAGCUUGCAUCGAGUCUCGGCCGGCGCUUGAAUACCAGCCUGUCUGUGAGAGAUAUUUUCAGCAAUCCUGUCCUCGCCGAUCUUGCCUCGGAGCUAUCUCUCAAGCUGGGAGCGAAUGGAGAGGCGGAAGCAUCCGCUUCGGUACAAGCAGACAGCGCUCCCUUCGAGCUCCUUCAGGUGGGCGACCGCUCGGACUUCGUGCAGAAUGAGAUCACUCCACAACUGGGAGAUCGUUCGGCCAAGGUUCUUGACGUCUACCCCCCUACGCAAGUUCAGAAACGGUUCUUGCAUGAUCCAACAACAGGAAAUCCACGAGUCCCUCCGGUCUUUAUCAUCGACUUCCCUUCCGAUACGGAUUGCGAGAGGUUAGCCAGCAGCUGUGGGGCCCUAGUGCAGCAUUUCGACAUCUUCCGCACUACUUUCGUAUCCGUCAAAGGCACGCUGCAUCAAGUGGUUCUAGAAAACCUUGCUGUCCCGAUCGAGGUAAUUGAAACGGAUAGCGACAUCACAAGUGCGACCCGCUCGGUAGUGGACAUGGAUCUCAAACAACCCCUCCGCCUUGGACAAUCAUUACUUCGCAUCGCCAUUCUCAAGCGACAACCAUCAACGGUGCGAGUAAUACUUCGGAUGUCACACGCUUUGUACGAUGGCUUGAGCUUCGAGCACAUUGUACUCUCCCUACAUGCCCUCCACAACGGCAACACACUUACAACGCCGUCAAGAUUCGCCAGAUACAUCCAGCACAUGGUACAAAGCCGUGCACUCGGCUAUAACUACUGGGGCUCCGUCCUACAACACUCCUCAAUGAGCGUCAUCCCAGACGUGCGACGCAAUCUCGAAAACGCGCCCAGACUCAGCGGAACCUACAUCGUGGAGAAGACCAUCCCAUCGCCCUUCCUAGCUAGAUACAAAAUCACGCCAGCCACAGUCUUCACAACAGCUUGUGCCAUCAUGCUAGCAAAGGAAACCGGAUCCACCGACCUCCUCUUCGGCCGCGUUGUAUCCGGACGGCAGAACCUGCCGAGCACGUCGCAGAACAUCGUCGGCCCUUGCACCAACGAAGUCCCUGUACGGGUCCUCAUCGACGAGAAUGCCACGCUAGGAGAUGUCCUUCAGAACGUCCAAUCACAGUACGUCGACAGCCUGCCCUUCGAAACCCUAGGCUUCGACGAUCUGAAGGGCAACUGCACAGACUGGCCCGCUUCAACAACAGAUUUCGGCGCCUGCACCACAUUCCAAAACUACGAGAUGCGACCUCAAAGCCAGAUUCAUGGCCAAAGCAUCCGACUUGAUGGGUUUUCGCGCCAUGAUGACGAGGAGGAAGCUAAGGAGGGCGCCGAUGGCUUGACGAGGAUGGUGUUGCGCGAGUCGCCGCUGCAUAGUGUGGAGAUUACGGGUAUUCCGGAGGCGGAGAGCUCUAGGUUGAGGGUCAUUGUGAAUGGGAAUUUGGGGAGGUUUGAGGAGAAGACGGUGGAGCGGAUUUUGGAGGAGCUUUGUAGGGCGUUGGCGCUUUUGACGGGGAGUGAGCGGGUGUUGAUGGGUGAUGCGCUUGCGAAGUUUUGA